AUGAAACCGGUUGACUUAUGUGGUGAUGGUAGAUCAGACAGUCCUGGUCAUAGCGCAAAAUAUGGUACAUAUUCCUUAAUGGAUGAAACUUCAGAGAAAAUUAUUGACUUUUCUCUUGUUCAAGUCUCUGAAGUUUCAUCCUCUAAUGCAAUGGAGAAAAAAGGAUGCCAAAGAGCACUUGACAAUGUCAUUGAGCAAGGUGUGAAAGUGAGAUCAUUGACAACUGACCGCCACAUUCAAAUAACCUCUGAAAUGCGAAAGAGGUACUCUUCCAUAGUGCACCAAUAUGAUGUUUGGCAUCUCUCAAAGUGGGUGACAAAAAAAUUGACAGAGAAGGCAAAGAAAAAAGAAAAUCAUGAGCUACUAGAGUGGAUUCAGUCUGUAUCCAAUCACCUUUGGUGGUGUGCACAAAGUUGUCAGGGAAAUGCUGAAGUGCUCCAUGAGAAAUGGGUGUCCAUUUUACAUCAUAUAGUCAACAAACAUAAUUGGAGAAAUAGCAAACAUUUUUGCAAAUGUGCACAUGGCCCUUUAUCUAAAAACAAAGAAAGAAACACGAAAUGGUUGCAGGCUGGAUCUGCCCCACAUAUAGCAUUGGAGGCGGUUGUUCUGAAUAGAAAGCUUUUAAAAGAUAUACAACAGCUUACAGAAUUUCACCAUACUGGCAACCUUGAGGUCUACCAUUCCUUGCUGCUAAAAUAUGUACCAAAACGUAAACACUUCUCAUACAAGGGAAUGGUGGCCUGUACUCAACUAGCUGUGAUUGAUCACAACUCCAACACUGCAAGGAGGCAAGCAACAGUCACCAGAGGUAAGGAAGAAGGGGAAAAAAGUGAAACCAGUGUUGGAGAAAAAGUGUUUUGA